AUGUCUAGCAGUGAGGGUGAAGGGGAGUUUGUCGUCGAGAAGGUCAUUGACAUGAGGACAGUUAGGGGAAAAGUCGAGUAUUUGUUAAAGUGGCAAGGGUACCCGAUGGAAGAAGCAACGUGGGAACCGGAAGCGAACGUGGCCUGCGACGAGCUGAUCAAAGAUUUCAAAACAAACCGGAUCCAAUCUAAAGUAAAAGAGGGGACCAGCGUCAACCACAAGGAGCUCGUGCCUCUGCGAAUAGUCGGGGUGAACAAUCCGAAAGCGCUCAAGGAGGAGCGAAAAUAUAUGAUUCGAUUCACCAACGAUCUUGUCACGAUUUUGCCGGGCACUGUACUUUCCCUAAAAUAUCCAGACCUUAUGGUCCCCUACGGCUACGCGAAACCUUCCGAUGUCGCC